AUGUCUGCCUUGAAUGCACCUGCCAGCGUUAGUUUUGCCUUAGGUCAGUCUGUGCCUCAAUAUUUCAAGGCCUUUACAAACUACAUGAAUCAGCAAACAGAGCUUCAUGCGGAUAAAGUGUUUGUUCGCUACUAUGCCAACGGUGUACUCAAAACAUUAUCAUACAAAGAAACUGAUCGGCUGGCCAUCAACUUGGCUUCCAAAUACGCUUGUACCGUGCAAGACGUAGACGUAGUAUCCUUUAUCAGUGACCACAAUGUCGAUUACCUAAUUGUUAUGCUAGCCUUACUCAAGUUGCGUGUUCCCAUGUUUGCUAUCUCACCUCGAAACUCUGAAGCUGCUGUGAUUGACUUUCUUAAGAAAACUGAAUCAAAGCUCCUCAUCACUGAAGCAAAGUACGAGUCUAUCGGAAAAGCUGCUUCAGCACAAGUCGCUGAUGUCAAUCUGAUGGCCAUCUCUCCUCUUGACAUUGACAGCCUUUUGAAACAACCUUUAAAUCCUCACUUUUGCGAGUUUCUAAACUUUGAAUUCUCUGAAGAAGAUAUCGACAGAAUUGCAGUCAUUACUCACAGCUCUGGCACUACUUCAUAUCCUAAACCUGUCGGAUUCAGCAACAAUUACAUGUUUCAUACCAUCAAUGCCUUUGAGAUUCUGAUUAAUUCAAACGAAAAGCUCGAUAGUUUGACAUCCGAGGAUGUUCUGCUUCCUAUAACGCCCCUCUUUCAUACCUUUGGCCUGUUUGCCAUAUUUUCAGCAACCACAUAUGGCGGCAGUGUGGUGUUUCUGGAAAAGCUACCAGCCUCACAAGAAGAAAUUUUCAAAGCUUUUGUUGAUAAUAAUGUCACCAUGUUUGCUGCCCCUCCAAUUAUAUAUGAGCAGAUGGCCCAUCAUCUCAAGCAAACAAAUAAAUUUGCCGCUGUACAAAGACUCAAAUAUGCAAUUACUGGAGGUGCCUCAUUGAAGCGUGAGAUAUUUGAAUGGUUUCAUGGAAAUAACGUCAAUGUACGUCUCAUGUAUGGCUCUACAGAAACCAACACGGUGAUGGCCUGUAAUCUAGAUCGCAAUAGUAAAAACUAUGGAUCUCUGCGAAUGUUUCAACGAGAUGCUCAAGGACAAACUUACGGCGUAUUUGAGGCCAACGAUGAGAAUGAACCCAAUAUCAAGCAUCUCUACAUCCAGGCCGGUAGUCCUAUGUUGGGCACUCGUAUCGCCAAUCGCGCUGAUGGCGGCUAUAGUACACAAGAUCUGUUUAUCGAAAGCACUGAAUUCCCUGGUUAUUAUACAUACAUUGGUCGUCGUGAUGAUACUCUUGUCAUGGAAAAUGGUGAAAAGACAAACCCCUUGCCGAUAGAGGCUACUAUUCGCCAGAGUCCAAUGGUUGAGCAAGUCGCUGUUAUCGGCCAUGGCCGUCAAUGCACUGCUGCUCUAAUCCAAUUGAAUGCAGAACUUGCAAAAUGUUCUUCUGACGAGAAAAUAUACAAGACCGUGUAUAAUGCUGUCAAAGAAGCAAACAAUGAAUGCCCCAACCACAGUAAGAUCUUUCCUCAAAUGGUGAAAAUCCUGCCAUUAGGUCAAGAGCUUCCGGUCACUGCCAAAGGUACAGUCAUGCGCAAAAAGGCUGAAGUUGCUUAUCAAGACGCCGUUGAAAUGAUGUACAAGGACUUUUUGAAAGGACCAACAACUCGUGCUAUCAGCAGUGGUAAUGUCGAUACAUCUUCUUGGACUUUUGAGCAAAUUGAGGAUUUCCUGAUUGACAGUGCAGCACAAGUUUUGGAUAUUCCACGCUCGGUUAUCGAGGACCAUCCGAAAUCAUUAUUCCACCUUGGCCUCAAUUCUAUCAAUGCUAUUCAGCUUCGAAACCAUGUCUGUGAAUAUUUUGAUCAUGUAGCUAGCAACUUUAUCUACCAGCAUUACAGCAUUCAAUCAAUGGUGAAAACGCUGAUGAGCAACAAAGGAGAAGACAGACAAGAGCAGACUGAAGAGCGAUACCAUCAAACUCAAAGAUUGGCAGAAUCCUACAUCAAAAAAGCCAAAAAAGAUUUUUCCCGUGCGAACAAUCAGUAUGAUAAAUCAACGCCCAAGGUGGUGUUAUUGACUGGUGCCACUGGCUCUGUUGGGUCUUUUAUAUUGCGUGAAUUGCUACGGGAUCCUACUGUAAGGAAGGUUUACUGCUGUAUUCGUGGUGAGGAGCAUCAACUGAGAGAUCGUCUCGUCGAAGCCAUUACACUUCGUUCACUGGAUGUAUCGUUGCUGGAACCCAGCCGUGUGGAGGUUUUGCCCAUGCGUUUCAAUGAGCCUUUUCUUGGUUUGACUGAGCAGCGUUACCGUCAACUCAAGAAGGAGGUAACAAUCGUCCAACACUGUGCUUGGUUGCUCAACUUUAACAUGCCAAUUGACCACUUUGACAAGGAAUGCAUUCAACCCUUUUACAACCUACUGAAGUUUGCUUACAAUGAAGUCAACCCAAUGCAUGUCCACUUUGUGUCUAGUGUCUCUGCCAGCGCUCUUUCAGGGCCUGUAAUUGCGGAGGAACCUUUACCCUUGGACUCUCAUGUUGCCAUGAACAUCGGAUACAGUCAAUCAAAAUUUGUGGUUGAAAUCCUUUUGAAUUACCUCACAGCUGAAAAAAACUUUCCUUGCUACGUCGAGCGUCUUGGUCAAGUCUGUGGUGACUCUGUGAAUGGCGUUUGGAACGUGUCUGAGCAAUACCCUCUCAUGUUUAUCGGUGGUGGGUCCAUCAUGAAGUGUAUGCCCAGAUUGAACACACAAAUCGACUGGAUUCCAUGCGAUUUUGCAGCAGCUUCUAUUGUUGACGUUAUGAUGAAAACGUAUCAUUUACCUGCAAAUACAGAUGAGUCCAUCUACCACAUUGUCAAUCCUCACUCAAUCCAGUGGAACGACGUCCUUACUGCGAUGAAAAGGUCUGGCAUGAACUUUGACAUUGUUGAGCCUACAGAAUGGGUCAAAGAGCUCGCCAAGGAUGAUACCAACCCUGCUUUCCGUCUCUUGUCUUUUUACCAAGAGACGUUCAAGGAUUCUUUCAAAAUGUCUGAAUGGAAGACAGAAAAGACUUGUGCUUUGACGCCUACCAUUUCUCAAUCGCCUGUUCUUAAUACUGAUCUGUUUAGUAGAUACUUGAACUACUGGAAAUCAGUUGGUUUCUAUCAUCCUUCAUAUUAG